AUGACUCAGAGACUUAAAACAACCAACUACGAUAAUGUAAUAUUAACGGAAUCCGUGAGUGAAAAUUUUGGAGCCAAAAUUCCAGUCUUAAAUGAAAUCCCUAAUUCCUUAAAAUCAAAAUCACUGAAAUCUGAAGUUGCCUCCAACCUUUCCCUCGUUCACUGCCCGUUCACUGCCAAGUGCAUCCAUCGUCCGCCGCCAUCAACGGUUCACCGCCAUCAACGGUUCGCUGCCAUCGACCGUCGACAACGAAGCUUAUUCUCAGCAUCAAUAUCCACGGGCUCACUGAAAUCGGAACUUCGGUCCAACCUCUCGGCCGUUCACUGCCCUGUUCAUCCAACGUCCACGCCAUUAAAAGGUUCACCGCCAUCAACGGUUCGAAGCCAUCGACCGUCGACAACGGAGCUUAUUCUCAGCAUCAAUAUCCACGGGCUCACUGAAAUCGGAACUUGGGUCCAACCUCUCGGCCGUUCACUGCCCUGUUCAUCCAACGUCCACCGCCAUCAAAAGCGAUAUCUCCUCUCUCUCCAGUCGGUGACAUCUCCCACAGUCCCACUUCCCAGUCAAGCCUCUCUCCCCCACUUCAUUGACGAGUGCCGGCAGCCCAGUCUCCUGCAGAUUGGUGGAGGUGAGGUUCAGACAGGUAUGCAGGACGACAAUUGCAGUGCAUUGGAGUUCCUGUCCACUUGCAAAUUGGCGAACCUAACAGUGAAGGCAGAGCUUGGUUGUUGCUUGCUUCAUAGAAGUGGAAGGCUAACUAUAGAUGGCUGCAUCCUUCAAUGUGAGUCAAACCCUUUGGACUAUCUCUCAUGCCCAAUCGUGACUACAGCUGGGGGGAGUGAGAUUUUCUCCUCCUCUGUGAAGACUAGUUGUGAUGGUGUUUCUGUUUCUCAAACUCGGAUAGAAGGGGGUUCCAAGGCUGUUGUUACAAGUGGGAAGCUGGCUUUGCAGCGAGUUCGAGUCAUCUGCUCUCGAACUUGUGUUUAUUUCUGGUUUGAUGUAGAAGAUAACUGAUGACAUCUCAAGCUAGCCUGUAACAUAAUGAACCUAGCUUUUUAUUUAUUCUCAUUGUUGAAUUGAUUCUGAAUAUAAAUGCUUUCAUUCAAGAUAA